AUGGCAAUCUUGAAUUGUUUGCGAUAUAUUCUUCUACGUGAUCAUGAUGAUGAAGUUACWUURUGGAAAAACUUUGGGAUUUUUGAGAAGGAUUUUCUAGACCCACUUAGAGAAUCCCUGAMGCUGACAAGAUUACGAUACACUGCUGUUCARAWACAAAGUGAAGAUCAGGCCAAGCAGAAAGAUAAAACGCAUGAAGAAGGUAAAAGUAAGAUCGAUUUUACUGUCACCACCCCUGACGGGACUCCGAUUAGUGCUAUGUCAAUAGAUGAYCAAACUCAGGUCCUGCAGUCUGGUCUGUAUGCCCUCGAUAUGAUGGACUGCAUCAUGGCACACAUAGCAGAGAUUGUGGCCACAAGAAGCUGAACCUCAUUUUCCUCGAAUCACGUGAUCUUCUGGAGUCACGUGAUUACGUCACGUGAUAAAGAUAACAUUUUUACAAAGACGUUUUCUGUACAGUAAUUUGACUCUUCGCGUAAACCCGAAAG